AUGUCAAUUCUCUGGCCUCUAUCUGUAAACCUCGAAAGCACUGAGCAGCUGCACUCGGCUCUAACUAUCAACUAUCAAGCCAGAAGUGCGGACCCCGUCACCGCGCGUCGCGUUGCCCGGUACAGCCCUUGCAGCCCCAAGACGCCGGAACGCAGCUCGGCGAGCUAUGUAUUAACAACCGCCAACGGGUCCCCCAGGCGCACGACGUCACUUGUUCUCGCUCCUGGAUUGCGUGGCCCGGUCUUUGACAUUGGUGCGGGCCAGCAAGGUGUCCCGGAGCUCUGCAGUGCCUUGAUUUUGGAAGAAGUGGUCAAGGACAAUAACCCUUGCAAACUCGUUGGAUGGGAUUUGUACACACGCUCUUGA